GUGAAAGAAUUUUCUUAUAAAGUUGUGAGAAUGCAUUUAAUGGGAUUGGAAGUCAGUCAAAUUUAAUGGCUCAAACUACUCCAAAUCACACCCAGACGGUGGCUGGCUGGGCAGCUCAUGAUCCGUCCGGCAAGAUCACCCCUUACAUAUUCAAGCGAAGAGAGAACGGCGUCGACGAUGUCACCAUAAAGAUUAUGUAUUGUGGGAUCUGCCAUACCGAUCUCCAUCACGUCAGAAACGACUGGGGCAUCACCAUGUAUCCUGUUGUUCCAGGGCAUGAAAUUACUGGGGUGGUUACAAAGGUUGGAAGCAACGUAAAGAGUUUCAAGAUAGGAGAUAAGGUGGGGGUUGGAUGUAUAGCGGCAUCUUGUUUGAAGUGUGAGUUUUGCAAAAGCUCGCAAGAGAACUACUGCGAUCAGCUCCAAUUUGUGUAUAAUGGCAUCUUCUGGGAUGGUAGUAUCACUUAUGGCGGCUACUCUGAAAUGCUAGUUGCAGAUCACAGAUAUGUGGUGCACCUACCGGAGAAUUUGUCUAUGGCUGCUACAGCACCGCUGUUGUGCGCUGGAAUAACAGUGUUCACCUCUUUGAAAGACAAUAAUUUGACAGAGUCACCUGGAAAAAAGAUAGGAGUGGUCGGUCUGGGGGGCCUAGGACAUGUGGCAAUAAAAUUCGGGAAGGCAUUUGGUCAUCAUGUAACAGUCAUCAGCACCUCGCCCUCCAAGGAAAAAGAGGCCAGAGAGUUUUUGGGUGCAGAUGAUUUCAUCGUCAGUUUCAAUGAAGAACAAAUGAAGGCAGGGACGAGAACUCUGGAUUUCAUAUUGGACACGGUGGCAGCGAAGCACUCUCUUGGACCAAUUUUAGAACUGCUCAAGGUGAAUGGGACAUUAUCUUUUGUAGCUGCACCAGACAAGCCCCUUGAACUUCCUGCAUUUCCCUUGAUAUUCGGCAAGAGAAGUGUAAAGGGCAGCAUAAUAGGUGGAAUGAAGGAGACGCAGGAGAUGAUGGAUGUGUGUGGUAAGUACAACAUUACAUGCAACAUUGAGGUCAUAAAACCAGACCAAAUCAAUGAAGCCCUUGAUCGCCUUGCAAGAAAUGAUGUCAGAUAUCGCUUUGUAAUCGACAUUGCUGGGGAGGACUCAGCCAAUAUUCAUUAAGCUUUGCAUGCUCGGCUCUCUGCUUCUGUCAAAUUUCGAUGCCUUGGUUGGUUGCAAUAAAUUUAAGCUUAUCUUAUCAUGUUAUCAAUAGGACUGUAGCUCAAUUACUUCAACUAAAACCUAUGUCUAUAAAUGAUGUGUUUCUGUGCGGAAA